AAGUCCAAGGUGUGAGAAAGAUCCAGCUGUGCACUACUAUACUUUUUUUCAUAAUUGUAUUCACGGAAGAUGUCGAGCACUCAGCAGACCUUCAGCUCUGGGAAAGCCCGUGGAGAGGGCCAGGCCAAGGCGGAUCAGAUGCUCCAGUCUGCCAAGGACACUGCCCACUCCAUCACCGGCGGAGCAUCGGACACCCGCCAGUCCGCCCAGGAGAAUACAGAGCAGGCAGCCGGCUUCCUUCAGCAGACCGGAGAGCAAGUAAGGCAGAUGGCACAAGGAGCUAUGGAUGCGGUGAAGAAUGCCACAGGAAUGGGAAAUGCCAAUAGCGGCACCACAACCAGCAAGCAUUAGAUCUUUUCCGGCUUUUGUUAUUUUUGGUUAUUAUGCAAGCAGUUGUUUUGAAUGUCUUGUGUCAAUAAGCUUGGAGGGUUGGAGUGUUCCAAGUCCUGUUUUUUUGUUGAGUUCUGAAUCCUAUCUUGGAUUUCAAUUUUUAGUCGUGGAUUCAAUUUUCUAUGUAGUGAAUUCUCUCUAGCUAUACAAUGCAGUAUUCAUCUAUAUACUGCCUUUGUACCUGCAUUUUACAAUUUUAAUUUAGUAAUCUGCUUGUUAGUAAGAACA